UCCAACCAUGUCGUUAGGGACGUCUACGUUUCUCAUUGUUUUGUGCUUUUGGGGAUUUUCUCACUGCGGCCUCCAGACUAAGCCUGGUUCCAGCAGGACAGACCAGGAGCUGUUCUGGGGCGCUGACCAGUACGAUUUCUCAGUGGUGCUCCCAGCAGCUGCCACAGAAUGUUUCUGGCACUUUGCUCACCAUGGAGAAAAAUUUUACCUGAGCUUCAUGGUCCAGUGGGUGACAGGAGUCGGCCUCCACAGGGACUUAUCAGUCACUGUUAAUGCUCCCAGCAGUUUGUUAAUAUCCACAGCUGACGAUACAAAGGGUCAGAUCAACUUUGAGGUCAAGGAAACAGGUUUCUAUCAGAUGUGUUUGAGCAACUUCCACAACCGCUUCAGCACAAUGCAGGUCUUCCUCAGCUUUGGCGUUUACUAUGACAACCAGAACUCUUCCAAAGACGCGGAGAGGGACAUGAAGGAGGAGGAGCUGAACAACACACUGAGCUUCAUUCAGGCUGCCACCAGUAAAGUGGAGCGGGACGUCUUCCACAUGUUUCGCUACUACAGCUUCAGCCGCAUGAGGAAGAGUGCGGACCACUUCCUGCUGCUGUCCAACUCCCAGUACAUCACAUGGUGGUCAAUGGCCCUCAGCCUGCUGAUCGUCACCUCUGGGUACCUGCAGCUCCUCUUCCUCAAAAGCCUCUUUGUGAGCAAAGCUGAGGCUGAAAAGCCUCGAUGCUGACAGGCAGCAAACAAACCAAGAAACAUCCUGAGCAGACUCCAAACUCCCUUUA